AUGGCAAAGAUCUGCACAGACCAGUCCUACCCGGCAACGACCAGGCAACAGCCGCGUCUCGGCACGCCCGAUGAUGACCUGGACUCCAUCGAGAACGGAACCUCCAGGGACAACUCAGAGUGUGAAGACACCUUGUCAGAGGUUCAGGGUGCUGUCUCUGUGUUAACCAGCAGACACACAGAGUCUCACAGAGAUUCCUUUACAGGGUCAGGAGCCCUGGCCAGGCUCUCUCACUUCCUGUUCAUGCUGCGGACCUGGGCCUCUCACAAGAUGCACCACGAGGUGGAGAGACCGGACUCCUUCCUGGAGCGCUUCAGGGGCCCUGAGCUCAAAGAGGCCUCCAGCAGAGAGAGCAACGCACAGUCACUAGGAUACCCCGACAGAGUCCGCAAGAGGAAGAAAGAGAUUUGGAUCAUGGACCCGUCAGCAGACAGAUACUACAGAUGGCUCACCAUCAUAGCAGCACCAUGUUUCUACAACCUGAUGAUGCUAGUGACCAGGGCAUGUUUUAAUGAACUCCAGAGCACAUACCUAACUCUGUGGAUUGUCCUGGACUACACCUCAGACUUCAUCUACUACACAGACACAUUCGUCAGGUCUAGAACAGGUUUUCUGGAACAGGGACUGCUUGUGAAAGACGACAAGAAGCUUAGAGACAAAUACAAAUCAACGGCGCAGUUCAAAUGGGACAUGAUUUCAAUGAUACCCACAGACCUGCUGUUUCUGAAAGUGGGUUUAAACUACCCCGAGCUCCGACUAAACCGACUCGCAAAGAUGAACCGUCUCUUUGAGUUCUUCGACCGCACUGAAACCAGAACCAGCUUCCCCAACGUUUUCAGAAUUAGUAACCUGGUACUUUACAUCCUGAUCAUCAUCCAUUGGAACGCCUGCAUCUUCUUCGCCAUCUCCAAGACCAUCGGGUUCGGGUCCGACACCUGGGUGUACCCCAACAUCAGUCACCCUGAGCACGGCCGCCUUGCCAGGAAAUACAUCUACUGUCUCUACUGGUCAACCCUGACCCUGACCACCAUCGGAGAAACCCCGCCACCCGUUAGAGACUUCGAGUACCUCUUCGUGGUCACCGACUUCCUCAUCGGCGUGCUGAUUUUCGCCACCAUCGUUGGUAACGUUGGCGCCAUGAUUUCAAACAUGAACAAAACCCGUGCGGAAUUCCAGGCUAAGAUCGACUCCAUCAAGCAAUACAUGCAGUUCCGUAAGGUCUCCAAGGAUCUGGAGGUCAGGGUCAUUAAGUGGUUCGACUACCUCUGGACGGAGAAGAAGACCUGCGAUGAGAAGGAGGUGCUGAAGAAUCUGCCAGACAAGCUGAAGGCGGAGAUCGCCAUCAACGUCCAUCUGGACACCCUGAAGAAGGUCCGUAUCUUCCAGGACUGUGAGGCUGGUCUUCUGAUUGAGUUGGUGCUGAAGCUGCAGCCUCAGGUGUUCUCCCCAGGAGAUUACAUCUGUAAGAAGGGAGACAUCGGCAGAGAGAUGUACAUCAUUAAGGAAGGGAAGCUGGCUGUGGUGGCAGACGACGGGGUGACACAGUUCGUGGUGCUCAGCGACGGAGCGUACUUCGGAGAGAUCAGUAUCCUGGGCAUCAAGGGUUCCAAGGCUGGCAACAGGAGAACGGCCAACAUCAGGAGCAUAGGUUACUCUGACCUCUUCGCCCUGUCGAAAGAUGAUCUCAUGGAGGCCCUCACUGAGUACCCCGACGCUAAGAAGGCUCUGGAAGAAAAGGGAAAGGCUAUGCUGAUGAAAGACAACAUGAUCGAUGAGGACGUCGCUAACGCGGGCGCCGACCCUAAGGACAUGGAGGAGAAGAUCCAGAGGUUGGAGAGCAAUAUUGAAAUCAUCAAGACCAAGUUGGCCAAGAUCAUGGCUGAGUUCACAUCCAGCCAGAGCAAGAUCAAACAGAGGAUCACCAACAUAGAGUCAACAGUCAAGUCAGUCCGGCCCAAGGACAUAUCUGAAGUGGUGGCCGACAACAAGACACAGUAG